AUGAGACUACUGCACACACCUUCAUUUGAAUUAUGCGUCUUUACAGAUGACCAAAUUCCGCCAUACGCCAUUCUAUCACACACCUGGGCGGAUGAAGAAAUCACCUACGACGACUUAUCACGCAGGCACAGCGCUCGCGAGAAGCAAGGAUGGGACAAGAUAGAAAAAGGUUGCGCGCUAGCAAAAUCGCUAGACCUGGAGUUCAUAUGGAUCGAUACCUGCUGCAUCGAUAAAUCCAGCAGCGCAGAGCUUUCCGAGGCCAUUAACUCCAUGUUCAGAUGGUACGAGAAUGCUCGCCUGUGCAUCGCCUUCCUCUCCGACUGGGACGCCACAACAGACACGCUGGAUUCCAAAGUGUUUCGAUCUAGUCGCUGGUUCACAAGAGGAUGGACACUACAGGAGCUCAUUGCUCCCCCAGAAGUCAUAUUCUACGAUCGACAUUGGGAGAAACAGUUCACGAGGGAUUCGCUCAAAGAUCUCAUCCAUGACAUCACAGGGAUACCAAAGAGCAUACUUGAAGCCGCGACCGACGGCGAUCGACAAUGUCGCCAGCAGCUGGAUGAAAUUUCUGUAGCGCAGAGAAUGAGUUGGGCCGCGAAACGAAGCACCACACGAACAGAGGAUGUUGCGUACUGCCUCCUUGGUAUUUUUGACAUCAACAUGCCGCUUCUGUACGGUGAGGGCGCGACCAAAGCAUUCAGACGCCUUCAAGAUGAGAUUAUAAAAUCUACAGACGAUGAGUCCAUCUACGCAUGGAGCUACCCAAGGGAGGGACUGGAAAAGCGCAUGUUUUGGGGUUUGUUGGCGAACAGCCCAGCUGCGUUUGACAACUAUAACGACUUGAUUCCCAGACGGUCGAGAUAUCUCACACGCAGCUCAAAUCGGACGGUGACCGUAUCGAACAGAGGCCUACUUCUGGAUCUUUUCGUAACCCCAUUCCCCAAGGACAUGUCGCGCACAAUAUUCCUCGCCUUCUUGGACUGCGACAUGCGACGAGAGGAGUCAAGUUCGUCCCUUAGCCCAGUGAUUAUACUACAACGAACCGCGUGGGACAACAGCUCAGACAUGGUUCGCAUCCGGCGGGACAUUCUGGGUUUCUCCAUGAUGAACAAUGUAGUUCUCCCAGACGAACUGGCCGCCCUAUUAUCUACCGGGUCCGGAACAGCAUCUACACUCCAGCAACCAGAGCUGCGACAAAUCUUCAUCCCGCACAAUUACACGGCCACCCGUCCACCAGGCGGUCUCACAUUCCACCCGGAGAUUCACCACCCGCUCAACAAUAUCAGCCUCAACGUCGUAUCCCGGUCCCCAACGUGGCAGUACUUUAUCGGCAUGAAGGGCGGCUCUGUGGUGCGCUCGUACGAAAUCAACUUUGACCAGAAUCCCAUUCCUGCGGUGCACGAGCUGAAGGAACCGAGAGUCCUCGGCACGAUAGAGAUCGAGAUUGAAAAGGGGGACAAGAAGAAGAAGUGUCGGAGUACGUGUCUGGUGGUUGGGCUAGAGGCCCUGCCUGAUAAUCCGUUUGGCACGCCUGCGUGCUAUUUUGUUCCGUGGUGCGGGUUCGAGGAGCAGGGUAAGGUUGCGCGUGCGGAAUUUGAGAGGGUGUUGGAUAAGACGCUGAGGAGGGGGGUGUUUGUCUUGGAUCAGGAUGUUGUGGUUGCGACUUUUGGACUGGAGAUCUUGUAUUCGAGGUUGGUGUUUACGUUGAGGUUGGAGACGAGGGAUAUGAAGGAUAUGAAGGGGUUUACGUGGUCGAAGUGA